AUGGAUGGCAGCGGCUGCAAGAGUGGCGGUGGCGGCGGCCGCGGCAGGAGUAGAGGCAAAGGAAGUGGCAGUGGAAUGAUGGUUGCUCCUGGAAAGGAGGAGAUGUUUAUAUCUCGUGAAUCAUUUGAGAACAAUCCAAAGGAAAUCAAAACAUCCAACUAUUUUCAAAUUCUAAUGGCCGGCGGUGGAAAAGGCGGAGGAGGAGGCGGUGGCGGAAAAGGCGGAGGAGGAGGCGGUGGCGGUGGUGGUGGCGGCGGAGGAGGUAGCAAAGUUGGUGGCGGUGGAAAUUCAGGAAUGAUGGUUGCUCCAGGGAGUGGAGGUAGCAGUUAUAUCUCUCGAGGUGGAUUUGAAAGCAAUCCUGGAGGCUAUUUUAGUAAUCUUCAUGGCGCCGAGAAAAGUGGCAAGUAG